AUGGCCCCUCUUAAUGUUUGCAUGGUCGGUACUGGCGAGUACACGACAGGUUUCGUUGGCGGUGGUGCCUCGGGCUCGGACAAGAAGGUUGGUGUUGUUGGCCUGACACUUUUCGACUUAAGACGACGCGGCAAGGUGGGCAACUUGAGCAUGGUGGGAACUUCAGGAAACAAGUUCCCUGCAAUCCGCGAGCACUUGAACAAGAACAUCUCACAGGUCUACAACGGCCUCGACACGUCUUUCGAAUCUUAUCCCGCCAAUGACCAACGCGAUCCUGAAGCCUACAAGAAGGCCAUUGACGCANNCUCGCCUGGCGAUGCUAUCACUAUCUUCACACCUGACCCGACUCAUUUCCCCAUUGCCAUGUACGCUAUCGAGAGAGGCAUUCACGUCAUGAUCACCAAACCUGCUGUCAAGUUGCUCUCUGAGCACCAACAACUGCUCGAGGCUAGUAANAAGCACAACGUCUUUGUCUACAUCGAGCACCAUAAGCGUUUCGAUCCCGCCUAUGCAGACGCUCGCCAUCGCGCUCUUAAGACUCUGGGCGAAUUCAAUUACUUUUACAGCUACAUGUCACAACCCAAGUCGCAACUCGAGACUUUCAAGGCAUGGGCUGGCAAGGACUCUGAUAUUUCAUACUAUCUGAACUCUGUAAGCUUUUCUAUACUGCAAAUGGACGGAGUCAUUACUAACACUCUCAGNCAUCAUAUCGACGUCAACGAGAGUAUGGUCCCUGAUUACAAGCCGGUNAAGGUGACCGGCAGCGCUAGCAAAGGCAUCGCUACUGAUCUGGGCUGUGUCGAAGAGACCGAGGACACAAUCACUCUCCUCGUCGACUGGGAGAAGAAGGAUGGCAGCGGAAGACGUGCUACCGGUGUCUACACAGCGAGUUGGACCGCACCACAAAAGGCAGGUGUUCACAGCAACCAGUACUUCCACUACAUGGCCAGCAAGGGUGAGGUUCGCGUUAACCAAGCCAAGAGAGGCUACGACGUGACCGAAGACGAGUCAGGCCUCACCUGGUACAACCCCUUCUACAUGAAGUAUGCCCCCGACGAGUCAGGCGACUUUGCCGGUCAAGGAGGUUAUGGUUACGUUUCUUUCGAGAAGUUUGUGGAUGCCAUCACCGCACUCAAGGACGGAAAAGCAUCUCUAGACGACCUCGACAAGCGUGGCCUACCAACGUUGAAGAACACUAUCGCUACCGGAGCCAUUCUCGAGGCUGGCAGAAGGAGUCUGGAUGAGAACAGGGCAAUCGAGAUUGUCGAGAAGGAUGGUCAAUGGGAGCUCAAGUAG